UAAGCUGUAUGGAAGAAAAGGCAUCGCUGAGUGAGGAAUGUUUCAGUAGCCGGGUAAAACUAUUCAGGUUGCCCCGUUUAAACAGCUACAGGGACAAAUUUACCGUUCAGAGGCUCUUCUAUCUAAAAUUGGCCGGGGAAGAGAGGCGAAAGGCGGACCAAUGGGUAUCAGCUCAAUUUUCUUGUUGCUCUCUGUGUGUGGGCCGACUUGGGCCUUCACAUUAGACUUGGACUAUGGUGGUGUACCACUCUGGAUCAACCGCUUUUUGGGAGAGCCGAGUGUGCUGACUUUGAAAGAUCGGAUGGAUCCCGGUUGGUUUCGUGCUGUAAACACACAAAGUUGUCCCUUGGAGUGUGACUGCCCGAUUCAGUGGCCAACAGCCCUUUAUUGUGACCACAGGGGCCUUAACCAGCUUCCCUCAGGCCUUCCAUCCCACACACAGUACUUGUUUCUCCAAGGGAAUAAUAUUACUAUCCUUGGAUCUGGAAUGUUUGCCAAUGCCACCAACUUGCGCUGGUUGAUCUUGGAUCACAAUCAGCUACUAAGUGAGCAACUCAGUAAUGUGUUGUUUUCCAAUCUGACCCGCUUGGUAAAUCUUUUCAUUAAUAAUAAUAACCUGACAAAGGUGCCAAUCGGACUGCCUAAUGGACUCAAGCAGCUACGACUUGCAUAUAAUCAUAUCGAAAAGAUUUCUGCAGGAGCUUUCCAAAAACUGGAAAAUUUAACGCUACUUCUGUUACAAGGUAACCGUCUGAAAACUAUAGAAGAAGGCGACUUGAAAGGUCUUGGAGUCCUCAACCUCCUGGAUCUUAGUCACAACCUCCUGGAGACUUUCCCCAAACAUCUGCCUCCAUCUGUCCAGCAGCUUUACCUCUCCAACAACUCUCUGACUGGCCUGACCGAAGACAGUCUUCAUGGUUUUAACAGACUCCGUUAUCUACGGCUUGGACACAACAAAUUGAGGAAUGAAGGGCUUGACCCUGGUGCAUUUAACCUCACAUCUCUGGUGGAGUUGGAUCUUUCGUAUAAUCAACUGACAGAAAUCCCAACAGUUCCUACCACCCUUCAGUACCUCUACCUUGAAGUUAACCAUAUCCAAG